ACCACAGUGUUAGUAACUUCAUCCCCUACUACUUCUGCUGCCCUUAUCAUUGGUCUCACUGUGGGUAUUGGCGUUCCAGUGAUAAUAGGAGUAGCUUUUGUCAUUCUCAUUUUGCUGAUGGCUGUGUUUCUGAUAAUGAAAAAGAAGGCUGGCAGUCGGCCAGCUGCGGAAUACAGAAAGAUGUCCAGAACUAGUGUAACAUCAGAUACUAGUGUGGCAUCCAAUACUAACCUAGUAUAAGUGACUGGCAGGAGUCAAGAAUGAUCUUUAUCUCUAUUCGGUUUGCCACAUUAACUAUUUUAUUAUUUGUCACUCACAUUAAAUUUGCUACUCCUAAUUAUUAUUUGUGAUUGAUUGUUUUUUUUGCUUCAAUUUUUAAAAUUGAUUUUUAGAAUAAUUAAACUUAUAGACCGUUCCCAUCACUGUACCAUUAGCAAUGAAAUGAGCUGGCAGACUGAAUAGGCAAAAUCACUACAUUGUUUCUGUAUUUCCUCCAAGGGUGAUCAGUAAUAUUAAAUAAUAGUGAGCUUAUAAUCAACUUAAUAAUAUUCAUUGACGAGAGGCCACACAAACUAUUAUAAUCGGUCAGACGGUCACUCAUGACUCAUUGUCUAAUGUCUAAUUGAUCAAUCAUCAUUCGUUCAGAUUCCUCCUAUGGCGUCCUCAAUGGGAUCGGUCUUCGGGCUUUAGUUUUUGGGGACUGCGCCAGACUAACUGUGCUAAGGUAAGUAAAAUAACAGAUUAGUCGAAUCUAGCUACAUUCUAAUGUCCUCCGGAUAUUUUUUUGAUAAGCUAUUAUUAUCAUAGCAUGAUCUUAUUAUCCUAGUACACACUGCACAGAGCUAAUUGACAUUCUUUCUGAGGAAUAGGUCAGUCAUAAGAGCGGAACCCUCCCCCUGAAGUAAUUGUAUAGCCCACCGUUGUUAUCAAGCAAGGUUGCUAAAGCCUGUGUUGAGUUAGUAUUGGGAGGUUCAGAAUAGCACUGGUAGGGUCAAAGUAACCCCAACAACUAGGUUAUAGUGCAAGAAAGGGUCAGAAAGACCCCGAACUGGCCGAAGAGCACAUGAUGGGCUAGACCCAUCAUGUCCCAUCAUGUACUCUUUCCCGAGUUACAUUAUCAUUUCUUGAUGAAAAACAUGUUAUAUCAAUAUCCUGCCAUUCUGUAUGGCUAUACGUGGGAAGCUCCCCAGAGCUCUGAGCUAAUCAGUGGUAGUUCAUUAUAAAAAGCAUUACUUAGGACUUAGCACACACAGUUGCUCAGAGGAAAAACAUCUGUACAAUGAAGGCAGCUGGAGAUAUACCAAUUCUGUUUCUCUUUCUAGUAAAUUGUUAUGUUAACUGUCAAAAUUUUGACUACAACAAUGUCAUUGAUUAUGAAAAUGACAACUUCACCUUAACUGUUGUAUUUCAAGUACAAGCGACUUAUAACUCAAUAACUGGUGAUGUGUGUGCUAAUGGAGUCACUAAUGAUACUGCUAACUUACUGUGCCAGAAUAUAUUCCAUGAUCCUUCUUCUAAUCUACAAGCAACUGGUUUCUUAACCACAGACUAUUCCACCUUCGUGUUCAAUUCUGUUGCUUAUAGUGUUGAUUGUUCAAGUGGUAUUGACACUUGUCCUGGUACUCAAGUUUCUAACUGUGAUUCUUAUGGAGGACUAUUAGCAGUCAAAUGUGUGAUACGUGGGUUUAAUGGAGCUCCUUCUGGUGUUACUGUUCCUCCUCCUACUCUACAUUCUAGUGAUACUAUAUCAAAUCGAUUUAGCUGUUCUGGUGCUCUUUCAGUAAUCUUAUUUGUUCUGGUAAUAGUAUAAUGGGCUUUUGUCCUAAUGGAUAUGCUACUGUCACAUGUCAGAGAAAGGUACAUGUACAUGAUUAUUGACUGCAUGAUGUCUUCGGAUGAUUAAUAAUAAUAGUGCUAUAGGCCACAAAAUUGUACCAUUUUAUAUACAUGUACCCAGUUUCGUAGCACCAAUAUUGACAUGUUAUAUGCAGAAAU